AUGCCAAAGAAGGACAGGGGACUCAGACUGUGCAUGGACUAUCAUGGCCUGAAUGAGAUCAUGGUCAAGAACUGGGCCCUGUUGCCCCUCAUCAAGGAGCAACUGUUCCUGCUCCAGAAGGCAAAGAUCUACACCAAGUUAGAUCUGCAAGUGGCAUAUAAUCUCAUCUGCAUUGCACCAGGAGAUGAAUGGAAGACAGCAUUUGGCACACAAUUAGGGCUCUACGAGUACCUAGUAAUGCCUUUUGGCCUGGCAAAUGCACCUGCCCAUUUCCAAUCAUUCAUCAACAACAACUUCUGA